AGUUGCUCCGAGCACGCAGCCGAAUGUUCGUUCUUUGCAAAUUUGGCUUCUCAUGAUCAAUGUUCACCAUCUGAGUUCCUUGGCAUAAUUUGUUCCAAGUUUAACAGUGAUUGAAAAGAAAAAUGAUUGACUUACGUGAUGGUAAUUCGAGAAAUUCAGUAACCUCGCAACCAGGAUUGGCACCCCUCAGUCCAUACUUGAACUUUGAUCCAAGCUACUUACCUACCAAUCAACCAGAAUUCAUCUUCCCUGAAGGAGCUGUAAAACAAAGAGGUCGUUUAGAAUUAGCUUUUGGUCAAAUUGGAGCAGCUUGCAUAAUCGGGGCUGGCCUUGGUGGUGCAAGUGGUUUUUACAAAGGAAUCAAAGCCACAACUCUUGCUGGACAGACAGGAAACCUCAGAAGAACCCAAUUGAUAAAUCAUGUAAUGAAACAUGGCUCAUCAUUAGCAAACACUCUGGGCAUCGUUUCAGUAAUGUACAGUGGAUUUGGAGUCAUAUUCUCUUGGGCCAGAGGCACCGAUGACUCGUUAAAUACCCUUGGGGCUGCCACUGCUACUGGCAUGCUAUUCAAAUCCACGUCUGGACUGCGUAAGUGUGCCACAGGGGGAGGGAUUGGAUUUGGAAUAGCGGCUGCAUACUGCCUAUGGAAUAGCAGAGAAACUCUUUCACAAAUCAGACAUCAUAGCGUCAACCCGGCACAAAAAUGAUGAAUUGGAUGCCUGCACAUCUAGAGAUUGGUUCCUCCCUGUCCUGUAAAUAGAAAUUCUUCAGUUAAAUUGUAAAACAACAAUCGUCUGUUGUUCAUCGAGAUGAGCUAUAAACAAUGAAUUUCAACAUAAAUAAAUAAAUAUGUAAAUAAGAA